CACUCCAAAGAGUAUGCAAUAAUUUGUAAAGUCCAAAAGAAAAAAUUGGAUGUGUCAUUAACUCACAAUAACAGGACUGUAAAUAAUUAGGUAAAAUUAUCAAUGCCACAGAUGAAUGGACAAUUUUAUGUUCAUCAUAGAGUGCAGUGAUCCUUUGUUAUCGUGGUGGACGGAUGAGGGUUACUAAUGGCGAUAAAUGGAUGUUCGAGCGGGCUGGUGGUGACGGCGGUGGUGGCACUGCUUCUGCUCCCAGCACAAUACUACGUGCCGGACCUGUAUGCCGGCGUGGAGGAUCCACUGACGAGUGUCGACCAGCCCGAGAGUCCGCCUAGCUCGUUCGCCUGGUUUGAUCUCGCGUUUGUUCACUUGCCGCCGCUGGACUUGUUCGUUACUGUCACAUUACUGCUCCUAGGGUUAUUCACAUACCUUUGCGAGUGGAUACAGAGAAAGCUGAUGGAAAGAAGAAUUGUAAAGUUGAACCAGUACCUGGGCGCCAGCGUGGAGCGGUUGCGCGCGUGGGACGCGCAGCAGGAGCAGCUCGAGGUGACGCUGAAGAUGGUGCAAAACGCCACCUCGGAGUACAACCUGCUGCUGUACCUGUUGCUCCGCCAGCACCGCUGCCUCGCCGGCCACAACGGACCGCCUUCAAACUGUUUCUUCGACAAAGGCCUCGAUGAUGACCUCAAUUUUUUAAGGAAUCCCACGCUCGAUGCGUAAUGUCUGCCGCGCGUUUAUUAUUUAAUAAUUAUAGUGUUCAGUUGUUUACGGUGCGGUUUU